AUGGCCUUCCCCUUCAUGCGAGCAUUCGUCACACUCUUUCUCUAUCGUUAUACCCGGCUCGUGUUCAACUUAUUCUCCUUUUGGUCAUUCAAGCCAAUCCCCCCACCGGAGAACCCCAAAUUGACAUCGCAAGAUGUGACGGUGAUCAUUCCAUCGUUGGAGGGGUGUGGCGAUGAGCUGGUGGAGACGAUACGGACAAUUCUCGAUAAUCAACCCUUCGAAUUGCUUCUGGUGACAAUCGAGGCCAAUCGGACCAAGGCUGAGCGGAUGUUGAGCGCCAUGCCCGCAUCGAAAUCUCGAAUCCGUUUGUUCACAGUCAAGCAUCCCAACAAGCGUCGUCAAAUGACCGAAGCCAUUCCUGAGGUCCGAACCGCCAUUACCCUUCUCGCCGAUGACGACGUGAGCUGGCCACGGACUCUGCUCCCCUGGAUUCUGGCCCCCUUUGAAAAGGACGAGAAAUAUGGUGGGGUGGUGACCUGUCAGCGAUUGCGCCGGGCGAUUGCACCGAGCCUCUCACAGCGCCUCUGGGGUUUCCUGGGUGCCUUGUACCUAGAACGACGCAACUUUGACUGCGGCGCAACUACCCAUGUGGACGGUGGACUUCCCUGCAUGUCGGGACGGACGGUUGCGUAUCGGACGCGAAUUCUGCAGAAUGAGGCCUUCACCUAUGCCUUCACCAAUGAGGAGUGGUGGUGGGGCAAGUACCAACUCAACGCCGACGAUGAUAACUUUAUCACCCGUUGGAUGGUCUCGCACGGAUGGGAAACUUAUAUGCAGUACCACCCAGAGGCAGAGGUGCUGACAACUCUCGAGGACAACCCUCGUUUCUUGAAGCAAUGCGCCCGCUGGUCAAGAAGUAAUUGGCGGAGCAACCUUACUUCGAUGUUUCACGAGAAGCACAUUUGGCAGUGA